AUGCCAGCACACGAAUUAUCAGGCCAGGGAGCCGUUUCCUCAGCGCGGGCCUUCACGGUGCCAGAAGAGCUCGCACAUCUGUCCGUCAGUCACCAGGCGUACCUGCAAUGCAAUCCGAAAUACCACCAGCUCGCAGUCGGAGCAUUCGUCUUCGAUGGCAGUCGGCUCCUCCUCGUCCAGCGCAGUACGACAGAGCGAGCCUUUCCCAACGUCUGGGAGGUGCCGGGCGGGUCCGUCGACGCAGAAGAUGAGACGGUGCUGCACGCAGUGGCCCGAGAACUGGAGGAAGAGACAGGGCUCCACGUCACGUCCAUCAAUCACGAGGUCGGCGUGGGAGUGCAGUUUCAGUCGGGGUCGGGGCGGAACUGGCUCAAGCUGGCGUUCGAGGUUGGGGUGGCUGAGCAUGAGAGGACGGCCGAGGCAAUUCCCAUCAGGCUUGAUCCCGUGGAGCAUCAGAACUACUUGUGGGUCGAGGAAGAGGACGUCAGGCGCGGGGAGGUUAAUGGCACUCGACUGGAGUUCAUGUCGGCGGAUCAGCGGGCGCUGGUGCUGGAGGGCUUCAGGCAACGGCGGAGGUAG